CUCUCUUUACAGCAUAGUCAUAAAUAACACAACUCUUCAUCACUUGAUCACAUGUCACAUAAUUAGAGACACUAAUUACUGCUAUAAGAGUGUCAUUGGAUGGCUAAUCCUUACACUGCAGUUCUCAAACUCACUUUCAUCUUCCUUGUCAUUGCAUCCGCACCAGAACUUGGUGGAAGCAGUAAAUCAGUGACCAUAGUGAAUUACUGCAAGGAAACAGUAUGGCCAGGGAUUACACCAAGUGAGAACUUUAGUGGUGAUGGCUUCACACUGAAACCAGGGCAAUCAGCAGUGUACACCGCACCGGCCGGAUGGAGUGGCAGGAUAUGGGCAAGAACAGGAUGUGAUUUCGACAAGAACGGCAAUGGUGAUUGCCAAACAGGUGGCUGUGGUGGCAAUAUAAACUGCACCGGCCCAGGAACCCCACCUUCCACCAUAGCAGAGUUCACACUCGGUGAUGGUAAACCUGAUUUCUAUGAUGUUAGCCUUGUUGAUGGCUUCAACUUGCCCAUUGCAGUGAAAGCUGUGAAUGGCUCUGGGAAUUGCAGCACUGCUGGCUGCGACGGCGACUUGAGGAAUAACUGUCCUUCGCAGCUGACGGUGAAGAAAAACGACAAAGUCAUUGCUUGUAGGAGCGCCUGUGAUGUCUUCAACACUGAUGAGUAUUGCUGCAGAGGCAUAUAUGAGGACCCUGCUAUGUGUUCUUCUUCAAACUACUCCAAGAUUUUCAAACAAGUGUGCCCUGUAGCUUAUAGUUUUGCACGUGAUGACCCAACCAGUGUUAUGACAUGCACUGGAGCAGAUUUCAUUGUCACAUUCUGUGGAUCAAGGAAUCAAACCGUGUGUUCUUAUCAUGGCAAGCAGCUUUUAUGCAAUGGCUCAAAUUCAAAAGGCUUUAAGACAAAACCAGAUUGGUGGUGGGUCUUCUUGCUCUUAGUGGCAUAUGUGUCCAAGUUAUGCUUAUGUUAGCGAAUGGAUAAAAAGGUCAUGCAGUAAUUUAUGUGGCACAUAUGACUAUAACAACAACAUAACCUUUUCCCCGGUUGGAAUUGACUAGAGAUUCAACUAUCUUUUUUAGUAUACCAUAACUGUAAAUCAAUGUUUCUUUGUUUGUUGUUUCAUUCACUUUUGUUGAGAACAUCAGU